AUGCCAGUCAGGGCAGCAUUGGAAAUCUGUAAUCUGGGUGUAACAGAGUAUUUGCUGAAUCCUAUGUAUGCGUGUCCUUCUUCACAGCAUACCUCACCAACGACUCCCAACAAGCCCCUGGCUCCACUGGACUGGGCCUCCCAUGUCACCACUAAACCAGAUCCUUCUGUGGUCAAUAAACACAUCAGGAAGGUGGUGGAUUCUGUAUUCAGGAAUUAUGACCAUGACCAUGAUGACUAUAUUUCUCAAGAGGAUUUUGAGAGCAUCGCUGCUAACUUUCCCUUCCUGGACUCCUUCUGCGUUUUGGACAAAGAUCAAGAUGGAUUGAUCAGUAAGGAUGAGAUGAUAGCGUAUUUCCUUCGGGCUAACCCACUGCUCCAGUGUAAGAUGGGUCCGGGUUUCAUCCACAGCUUCCAGGAGAUGACAUACCUGAAGCCCACCUUCUGUGAACAUUGUGCUGGAUUUCUCUGGGGAAUCAUCAAACAGGGCUACAAGUGCAAAGACUGUGGAGUAAACUGUCAUAAACAAUGUCGGGAGCUGCUGGUUCUGGCCUGUAGGAAGCUGAUUCGCUCCAGUUCUCUGGGCAAUGUUUCUCCAGCCAGACUGACCCAUAGCUCACUGCCCAGCAGCCCUUCAUUGCCAACCUGUGAAGAUGAGGAUGAGGUGUUUGAGUUCCCAACUGUCACCUCAGCAGGUCCAGCUCUGGAUCCUCAGUCCAUCACCCUUAUGACUGGCUCAGCCCAGAGGAUCUCUGUGCGCCUGCAGAGGGCCACCACAAGCCAGGCCACCCAAACUGAGCCCUUGUGGCCCGAACACAGCUGGGGAACAACAGAUGGUGGCUCCCACACGUUCCCCAAAAUGAAAUAUAGGACUAAUAGGAAAACAUCUAAAAAUAAAGGAUUUGCCCGCUGGGAAAACCAAAAUAACGGGCAGCAACAGGCAUUUUCCACUCGGUGCAGCAUGGACUCUCAGGAGAAGUCAGAUGCCACAGGAGAGCUUGUACAGAAUGGGAUUACACACAGAGGGAAGGACAGCUGACUUAAUCCCGGUGGUAAGGACCAGUCCCGGGGGUCCAGAAAGGCUCUAGCAGCUGGUACCAGGAAGCUCUUUGGUCUGGAGGAUGUGCUGGGCUGCCUAACGUCCCCCUUCAGUGACCUGGAGUUAUCAUGUCCUCUCUAGACUGCAGCGCAGACAGCUACAUUUGGACGCUGUGCAGCUAAAUGGCAGGACAUACAGUGUGAUGGAGAGGAGCUCAGUGGAUAAACACCCACCUCCAUCUUUACCUCCUGUGUGCCGUGUAACAACUAGGGAUCAGAGUAGAUUCCUAAUACGUAACGUAGGUUUGAGUUUUGAUCCAGAUGUACAUACAUUUUAAACAUCACAAAAGUGUGGAAUGCAUUUUGUUUAGUGGAUCAAUGCCAGCCAGUUCCUUGCGUAUAUAAACCAACAUAAUGUACUCAGCACUGUACACUGUGACAAAGUAAAAGCCAGGAACAGAAACUUUCUCCUGCUUGAAGAAAGUGACACGUGACACUACUCACGUGACACUACUGGUAGUGACUUAGUGGUCACUACCAGAGUUCUUAGUGGUCACUACCAGAGUUCGAAUGAUCAGAAAAAGCAUGAUGGAUGUGGCAGAGUGCGUUUUUUGUGCAAAAAAGGGAAAGUCAAAACUGUACAGUUUCGCUAUAUUGAUAAAAUGGUCAAUUCCGCAAAAACCUGGAUUAUGUAGAUUUUGUCAUGUUUAAUAUUUUUUAUAUCGGCACCUACAGUGAGGUUAACUCUCAUUUAAGGGUAAAAAAUAAUCCACUCAUGAGUUUUACAGCAGAGACAACUGCCCCAAAAUAAAUAAGCAGCAUGCAAUUUAAUUACUUUUCCUGACCCAGCCCCAGCAAUAGGAAAAUUGUGAUGGCUCUAUUUUCACAAUGAUUGUACAUCAUCAAAUCAAAGACAUUUAGUGAAAUAUACAUACAUACAUACAUUUGUAUGUAUUUCCAUUUUAUAUAUACAUUUACUAUGUCAUUAUUAAAUAAAAAACACAUCAAAUAGCAACUUUUUGUCUUUAAUUACUGAAUAAAUUUCUGUUAUUGUCAGGAAAUUUCUUUCACAUUUAAAUUGAAUCACAGGUGUCUAAGUGUGUGUUUGUACAGCUGGAAACCCAAAUACCCAACUAUGUAAUUUAGUGUCUUACAUACUACAAAUUUUCUACAAAAAGUAGAAUUAGAAUUUACUCUCAAUUCAAUCCAAAUUUUAAAUAUUGUCAUUGAAGUUGCUGUAAACUUUCUUGAUGUUGGGUUGUUGCUGCUCAAUCUGCCUAACUGCAAUACAGAUUCUCCAUUUGCACACAAACUUUACAAGUUUUUUAAGAGCCCUGGCUUAAACGCAAGUUCCAAUAUUAAUUUUGCGGUCUGCACGUUACACUUGCACAUGAUGCAGCCACAGCACGCCCUGAGUUGUAUUGUAUUGUAAUUAUAUUUAUUAUUAUAUAUGCCCAGUACAGGUAUAAUAUAAUCUAUUUCUUCUAAUAAUAUUAUAUUGUUUUAUGUAAAAGAUAUGUAUAUACAUAAAACUUAAAAAUUUUAAAGCAGCAUCCCACUUUACUAGCCUAGUGUAGCUACAUGUUAUAACAAAGGUUAGAUGCCUGCUUUGGAUUUUAGUUUUUUGGAUGUAUAAAACCUCUUAAAAAGCCCACCUAUUUAAGAGCACUGUACCCCGUUGGGGCCCCUGUGCUGCAGAGACACAGACUGCCACAUGGCUGAAUGGAGCAUUAACUAUCUCACUAACAGAUCCACAGUCCAUGACUGUCUGUGUUGAAAGCACUGGAAAAGUAAAAAAACAUGACCCUCACAGGUCAGUGGUCCAUAGUGGUCCAACUAAAAUAUAGAAUCGUGACGUUACUCUAAAUAGGAUUGUAAUUUUUCCAGCGUUCAGUGUAUCAUUGUAAUUAAGAUAACUCUUACAAAUGCUUGUUUAAUUUAGAAUUGUCUUU